AUGAACGAACUCGUCCCAUUUGUACGUCUUAAGAACAUCGAUCCGACAGGUCCUGGGUAUGUCAAGGCUAUGCUGUCGUCUAGGGUGUGUCACCUUUAUGUUGUUUUUGGCCAAUAUGGCGUGGAGAAGCCAUCUGUGGGCCUGCUGGUCAAUUAUCACGAGCCUCUCCGCUUCCCUGGAUGUCGUGAUAAUCAUGGAUGCGAGAUUGGCUACAACACAGGGUCAGAACGGGACCCAACCAAUGAUAUUGACUUUGCACCGUUUGGAGGAGACUUGACGAAGCUCAGAGGGGCGAAAGUCGCGUUCCAGUUUCCUUUCACGGACGCGUACAAAGGCCCCAACAGCCUCAGAGUCGGGGACCUGUUCAAUAUCCUGCGAGGAAGCUAUGAUUCCCUCCCAAUUGAGCAUCACACCAACCUGACUCGCUUUAAGCUUGUGACGGAUGGCUCCGAGAACCUUUGGAACCAGAGAGGUGUGAGAGAUUUAAUCACCCAAUGGAUGGUCAGACUCUACGAGUGUGGAUUCAUUCGUUGGGAAGCAAUAGGCCAAGCCAUCGAUAUCCAGUUGAUCGGCUUUGCCAGCGUGCGCACCAACAGCUUCCAUGACAUCGUUGGGCAUAUCUUCACGGAUGCCGGACCGCCGGACACUCUCGCCAACAUACAGAAAUGCAACGUGAGUGCUAGGCCAAUCGCACGGGGCAGAUUUCUUGAGGAGAGUGUGCUGCGCGUUGAAAAGGUCGGCGACACCAUCCUUCCUUAUGAACAAAGCCAGUAG